AUGGCGCAAACUCUACAACAGCACAUAUACCUACCGAUUCCCAGUCUCAAGACCGUACCCAAGAACCCAAGCAACCAAGAGAGACUGGACUUGAUCAUCGCGAACGUCGAGAAAAAUCACAAAAAGGUCCAAAGCAAUAUCAUCGCCGCAGCCAAAGCUCAACUCGACCGCGAUAUCGAAUCAGCAAAAACGCGAGACCAAACACAUGAAGACAUCCUACCCGACCCCGACGCAAUGGAUAUAUCCCAAACAACAUCACCCGCUAAACGCUCUACGGCCCUUGAAGCAAAGGAAGCAAAAGAGCUCCUCCUCGCCUCCCUUCGCGCGCCCAGUCCUCCUCCAGGCCUCGAUCCCUACCAAUCGACCCGCGCCACAUUCCCCAAACCGCCACCUCACAUGCGGCAGUCGUCAUCACCACGACCCAUCCAAGUCGCGAAACAGGCGAUGGACGCCGUGGAGGCGUACAAUGAACACGCAGGUCAUCUGACGGAGCAUUAUGCGCAUGCACUACAGCGAAGGAAGAAUCAGCCGGUGACGCAUCAUCCCGUGGCGAAGAAAGCGGAGAUCGGGCAUACUUGGGGCCAGGCGCCGCUUCAUCCUCCUCCGCGUCCGGUGCAGCAGCAGCAGCAGCAACAGCAGCGAGGUGGAGCGACUGCAUCGCCAAGAGAUACGGUGGUGACCGAUCCUAGGCUUAUAGGGAGGAGAUGA